GCCAAGUUAAAAUUAAGAAAAUGCCUUUAUAUAGACUCUAAUACUUCCGAGAGUAAUGUAAUUCAUUUCUGGGAUUUUAUUUCACAGAGUCACGUAGUAAAUUAUUCUCAGGUUCUCUUUCCUUCCUUAGAUCUAGAAAAUAUGGUGGUGGCUUUGGGUCCGGGGAAAUUCUACGGCAGCAGCCUCCCAAGGCCAAGGAUCUACACCGACGUGAGAUUCAACGAUUACCGGGUCGACCCACCGGUUCCGGUCACGGAUCCGCUUAUGACGUGGGCGGAGGAGGCUCACUGGUCAAUGGGGGGUCUCAGCUUCCAGCGCCACCGUCUCCAAGGCCGGAUCGAGGGCAGCGUCGAGAAACUCCGGGCGGAGCAGGAAAAGCUCAUCAGAAAAGCCCAAAAGGCAGCAUAUCCCAAGAAGAAGAUCGGGGCUUCAACAAGUCCGUCGACUCCGGCGGCUCCGGUUGCCGUGAAGCGGAAGAGGAGGAUUCUUGCGUUGUUGGAUGAAGAAGAAGAGGAGGAAGAGGAAGAGAGGAUGGUGGAGAAGAAGGAGGUGGUUCGGAAAACGGCGAGGAAAUUGGGGGAUGAUUUUGAUAGGGUGGCUAAUGAGAAGAGGAGAAGUCCUGGAAGAAGAAGCGGUGUUGGUACGGCGGUUCUUGCGGCUGUGAGGAAGCAGAGCCCGAGGACUGAGGAGGAGGAGGAGGAAAUCAUGGGUAGCAUUGGAACUAAAGAGAAGUCUAACAGCAUUGAUAAGAAAGUGAGUGGCAAGAAGAGGCUGACAAAGAAGGGGGAAACUGCUGUAAAAGGGAUGAGGAGUUCUCCCAGAUUGGCUAUGAGCCAAUGAUUUCUGACUGCUCAAUUGACGAAAUCCCUUGUUCGAAAUCCCUUGUUGGUUUUCAAGUAAUUGACCUGGAGAAUUUUACUUUUUGCUUUAGUGGUUUUGUGGGUUUUAAUUUUAGUAUUGUGCAUAGAGUGCUUUGAUAAGGUAGAGAUGGAUGGAUGGAUGAAUGAAUUCUGGUACUGUUUAUGCCUUUUAAGAAUAGAGUAUAUAACCUUUGGGAGUUCUCAGUCUUGCAUCUUUCAUGAUUGAAUCUUUGCCAAUUUCAGUAUUUUGUUACCUCUUUAGAAUGAUCACUUUUGGAAUGUUAGCUUGGUUGAUUAGCUCUGUGCAUACUGCAUCGUGAAAAUUCUGGAGGUUCAGUUUAAUUGAUGAUUGAAAUCCUUAUCAAUGACUUGAUCAUGUAAAAUAGAGAUUCAUAAGUAUUGCCAAUGUCUGACAAUUGGGGUUGAGUGACCUUAUUUUUUAGCUGAAAUCAGGCUGUUCUGAACCUAAAUAGUCAUAGUAUGAUGUCCUGUUAAUAACCGG